AUGGAAGGGCUUGAGGCUGACAAUUUCAGUUGCUUCAACUAUUCUGGAGAUGUCUCCAAUGAUGCUUCAACUCCCACCAGGACCUACACACCUGAUGAUUUGACGGCGUUUGGAGAGACUAGCUGUGUCAUUGCAACAACCGGCGAUCUAGAGCCGUCUCAGGGACAGCCAUCUCUGUCCACGCCUGCAACUACUUGGAAUUACCAAUCCUCAGCCCAACCCUCUGGACAAGCUUUAUUACCUCUGCUCCCACAACCAAACUUCGAUUGGUCUACGACUUACAGCAUGGACGAAGCGGCUCGGGCAAACGAACAACCCCAUGCAGGAUCGUUCAUCCCUAUUGACGGGGCACCGGAACCACUCGAACGUAUUGGUCAAACCGGCCAUGGGACAUUACCUCCCAAUCCAUCAGCGGUGGAGAGACACGAAGACAACCAGAAUCUCCAGCAAAGAUGCCCGCACUCAUCCUGCACCAACAAGCGCUUCCGCGACAAAGGCAACCUAGACCGUCAUAUGCGCGAGGUCCACAGCUCCCAAACCUUCUUUUGCCCAGUCGUGUCUUGCCAACGCAACAAGAGAGGGUUCAAUAGAAGGUACAAUCUGCUAGAUCACCAAAAGAGACGACACAGACAGAACAUCCCGGGUAUAUCGGAGGGACGGUUAAAUGGAGACCAAAUCUUUCAAGAGAAAGAUGAUGCUUCGGAGUCAACUCUGGACGGUUCAGCCAAGUCACGUAGAGCCCGCCAGAAUGAAGGCACAACGAAUGAAGAAGGCUUGCGGGUGAAACUAGAAUCGCUUCGAGCGACGAGAGCGGAGCUUGAUGAGGAUAUUGAAGCGCUGGAGAAGGCAUUGAGUAUUAUCGGCAAUGAUUAUUCAUAA